UUUAUCGGCCGAUCUCUUUGUUUGUCCCCGCCACCACCGAUUGACAGAAUAUUGUAGGUUGAUCCCUCCCUUUCUCUCCCCGCUCGUCACGAACCAUGCCCGACAACCAGAAGCGGGGCAACCGUGACGACAAACCCGCCGACCCUCACCGCAAGGAGCCCGAGCCCAAAUCCUCCGCCGGGGCCCACGAAGGCGACCAGGAUGGCCGUUCGCUAGCCAGUCGCAUCCAAGAUUCCGCGUCUGGACUCGUCAGAAAUGUCUUUUCCACCUCGGGCCAGCCCUCUGCAGAGACCGCUCAAUUGCUGGCCGGCAGUGGGAAAGCCCCGUCCGCCUCGUCCUCCUCACAGUCCGCCCUAGCAGCAGCGCAGCAAUACCACGAAACCACCGGAUUGAGUUCUUCACGGACAGCAGAUCAAGCACCGGCCACACGAUUCGAAGCAUUCCGAUCAUCGUCCACCGCCCACGCCGGAGGGUUCGAGCUUCCCUCGCUCACAAAAGACGAAUUCCAGCGCACGUAUGGGGAAGAAUCCCUCAACGGCAGCAAUGGAAUGUACCUUGCAGCAACUGCACCCACUGCAGCGGACUUAAGCACAGUCGACACGGGCAAAGGCAAGGGGAGAUGGACACCGAGUCAUCACGCUGUCGGCGAAUGGGGUCUGUCUCAGGACAAACAAGGCGGACAAGCGUCCGCCCUUCCGUCUGACGGCGCCGCAGUGGUCUCCCUCCUCUCCGAUUUGACCUUCGACCCCAACUUUCCCCCGUCCGCCAACGAGCCGGCAGAGAUCAUUGAAACCGAACUCUCCGCGCCAGCCCAGCUCACCCCCGCGGAGAUCCAGAUCCUCGAAUCGUUCCGUCGCGUGCUUCCUACCUCUACCACCAACACACACACCACCAACCACGUAAACUCAAAUAGUCUCGUCCCUGAUAUAAGCAGCUUCCUCGACACCGUCCCGUCAGCAGCCAAUACAGACGCCGUGACCCUGCGCGACGCGGUCAUGGCGGGGUUACCAGGCGCAGCGGACUGGCUCGGGGUGGAAGAGCGAUACCACGACGAGGUAUGGGGCUACCUGCAACCUACGCUGGAAGCCGCCGCCCAGGAGCUACAGUCCAAGGACAGGGAUGGUUCAGAUGGUCAAGAGGCGGAUGGCCCUGCUGUACGACGUCUGAGGAUGAUCUUGAAGCAUAUGCAGACGGGUCCUGGUGCAAUGGGAAAGUAGCACUUCUGGGAGGUGGACGCGAUGCAUGUGUUUAUGUAUCAUGAGACAGCUCCUGGCCAGGCCUCGUCUAGGGAUACAGUCUGUGCAGCAUCUAGAGUUGUCCAUCGAGUUGAAUUACAGCGCUGCGUCAAGUAUCAGCUCCACUACUAUAUCAAGUAUAUAUAUAUCCAAUUCUAAUUGCCCAAAUACACACAUAAAACAAG